CGGGUUCUCACCCAACUUCCAUUAAGGACUUGGGGCAGGAGGGUGGAAGUUGUCGGUGGCGGGCAGGAGCGGGCCGUCGAGACCCGCGUGCGGACAGCAGAGAUCGCGGGGAGCGAGGGGUGCGGCAUGGAGCUCCGGGCAGCCAGUUUCUGCCUGGCGCUGCUUUGGGGUUGCUCGCUGGCGGCCGCGGCGGCACAGGGGAAGGAAGUUGUUUUGUUGGACUUUGCAGCGAUGAAAGGGGAACUCGGCUGGCUCACGCACCCCUAUGGCAAAGGGUGGGACCUGAUGCAGAACAUCAUGAAUGACAUGCCCAUCUACAUGUACUCCGUCUGCAACGUGGUGUCCGGUGACCAGGACAAUUGGCUCCGUACCAACUGGGUGUACCGAGAGGAGGCCGAACGCAUCUUUAUCGAGCUCAAGUUCACCGUGCGAGACUGCAACAGCUUCCCGGGCGGUGCUAGCUCCUGCAAAGAGACCUUCAAUCUCUAUUAUGCGGAGUCGGAUGUGGACUAUGGCACGAACUUCCAGAAGCGCCAGUUCACCAAGAUCGACACCAUUGCCCCCGACGAGAUCACAGUCAGCAGCGACUUCGAGGCUCGAAACGUCAAGCUGAAUGUGGAGGAGCGCAUGGUGGGGCCGCUCACCAAGAAGGGCUUCUACCUCGCCUUCCAGGACAUCGGCGCCUGUGUGGCCUUGCUCUCCGUCCGCGUCUACUACAAGAAGUGUCCUGAGAUGCUGCAGAGCCUGGCUCGCUUCCCCGAGACCAUUGCUGUGGCCGUCUCGGACGCACAACCCCUGGCCACCGUGGCUGGUACCUGCGUGGACCACGCCGUGGUGCCUCCCGGGAUCGAGGGGCCCCUCAUGCACUGCACGGUGGAUGGAGAGUGGCUGGUGCCCAUCGGGCAGUGCGUGUGCCAGGAAGGCUACGAGAAGGUUGAGGAGGCCUGCCAAGCCUGUUCGCCAGGAUUCUUCAAGUCUGAGGCGUCCGAGAGCCCUUGCCUGGAGUGUCCGGAGCGUACCCUGCCGUCCACUGAGGGUGCCACCUCCUGCCAGUGCGAAGAAGGCUAUUUCAGGGCACCCGAGGACCCGCUGUCCAUGGCCUGCACACGUCCACCUUCUGCCCCCCACUACCUCACGGCCAUCGGCAUGGGUGCCAAGGUAGAGCUGCGUUGGACCCCUCCCCAGGACAGCGGCGGCCGCAAGGACAUUGUCUACAGUGUCGCCUGCGAACAGUGCUGGCCAGAGUCUGGCGAGUGUGGGCCCUGUGAGGCCAGUGUGCGCUAUUCAGAACCUCCUCACGCCCUGACCCGCACAAGCGUCACAGUCAGUGACCUGGAACCUCACAUGAACUACACCUUCACCGUUGAGGCCCGCAAUGGCGUCUCAGGCAUGGUGACGAGCCGAAGCUUCCGCACUGCCAGCGUCAGCAUUAACCAAACAGAGCCCCCCAAGGUGAGGCUGGAGGACCGCAGCACCACCUCACUGAGCGUCACCUGGAGCAUCCCAGUGCCACAGCAGAGCCGAGUGUGGAAGUACGAAGUCACUUACCGCAAGAAGGGGGAUGCCAACAGCUAUAAUGUGCGCCGCACGGAAGGCUUCUCCGUGACCCUGGAUGACCUGGCUCCCGAUACCACCUACCUGGUGCAGGUGCAGGCACUGACACAGGAGGGCCAGGGCGCCGGCAGCAAGGUUCACGAGUUCCAGACACUGUCCACGGAAGGCUCUGCCAACCUGGCAGUGAUCAGCGGUGUGGCUGUUGGUGUCGUCUUGCUUCUAGCACUGGCAGGAGUCGGCUUCUUCAUCCAUCGCAGGAGGAGGAAACUGCGGGCCCGCCAGUCCUCUGAGGAUGUCUAUUUUUCCAAGUCAGAACAACUGAAGCCCCUGAAGACAUAUGUGGACCCCCACACUUACGAAGACCCCAACCAGGCUGUGCUCAAGUUUACCACCGAGAUCCACCCAUCCUGUGUCGCAAGGCAGAAGGUGAUCGGAGCAGGAGAGUUUGGAGAGGUGUACAAGGGGACGCUGAAGUCCUCCUCGGGGAAGAAGGAGAUUCCCGUGGCCAUCAAGACGCUGAAAGCCGGCUACACGGAGAAGCAGCGUGUGGACUUCCUGAGUGAGGCCAGCAUCAUGGGCCAAUUCAGCCAUCACAACAUCAUCCGCCUGGAGGGUGUAGUCUCCAAAUACAAGCCCAUGAUGAUUAUCACGGAGUACAUGGAGAAUGGAGCCCUGGACAAGUUCCUCAGGGAGAAGGACGGUGAGUUCAGCGUGCUGCAGCUGGUGGGCAUGCUGCGCGGCAUCGCGUCCGGCAUGAAGUACCUGGCCAAUAUGAACUACGUCCACCGGGACCUGGCCGCCCGCAACAUCCUGGUCAACAGCAACCUGGUCUGCAAGGUGUCCGAUUUCGGGCUGUCUCGUGUGCUGGAGGAUGACCCUGAGGCCACCUACACCACCAGUGGCGGCAAGAUCCCUAUUCGAUGGACGGCCCCAGAGGCCAUUUCCUACCGCAAGUUCACCUCGGCCAGUGACGUGUGGAGCUAUGGAAUCGUCAUGUGGGAGGUGAUGACUUACGGCGAGCGGCCUUACUGGGAGCUGUCGAACCACGAGGUCAUGAAGGCCAUCAACGACGGCUUCCGGCUCCCCACACCCAUGGACUGCCCCUCCGCCAUCUACCAGCUCAUGAUGCAGUGCUGGCAGCAGGAGCGGUCCCGCCGGCCCAAGUUUGCAGACAUUGUCAGCAUUCUGGACAAGCUCAUCCGAGCCCCCGACUCCCUCAAGACCCUGGCUGACUUUGACCCCCGAGUGUCCAUCCGGCUGCCCAGCACCAGCGGCUCAGAGGGAGUCCCCUUCCGUACAGUGUCCGAGUGGCUGGAAAGCAUCAAGAUGCAACAGUACUCGGAGCACUUCAUGGUGGCUGGCUACACAGCCAUUGAGAAAGUGGUGCAGAUGUCUAACGAAGACAUCAAGAGGAUUGGGGUGCGUCUUCCUGGCCACCAGAAGCGCAUUGCCUACAGCCUGCUGGGACUGAAGGACCAGGUGAACACGGUGGGGAUUCCUAUCUGAGUCCGACAGGGCCUUGGUGCCCACUUCGACCAACAAUACUUGAAAAAAAAAACCCAGUGGUCUCCCUGCCGACCCUUGCUGGGUCACUGCUAGGACGUUAUUUAUUUUUACUUCUUCCGUGCCACCGUGAGGACUCUGCAGGGGGAUCUUGAACGACACCCUGGCCUACGGGAACGCGUGGAUGCUGGGCAGGUACCUCUUGCCUUUUUCAAGGACCCAGCUAAGCACUUAGCAGUUGCCAUUCAUUCCCAGCAUCCCUUGGCUAGAGUGACACCAAGACCAUUGAUUUCGAUGCAGGACAUUUCCAAAUGGACCUCCCCAACGAGCCACCUCAGGCGAGCGCUCAGCCCAGGACCGUAUGAGGAGGGCACUGUAAGGCCCAGCCCUAGUUAGAGGGUUGUUAUGGACUUGGCUGGGUGGAGCCAUGGCAAUCUUCCAGUGCCUUCUACAGACCCAGGGCCCUGCCUUCUGCCCUCAAGGGCUAGUUUCUUGCUUUCCUAGGGCCUCUCAGGAUGCUUGGUUGUGUUGAGGUUUUUUUAAAUAUAUAUUUUGUACUUGUGGAAAGAAUGAGUGUGUGGCAGAGACCUUGCCAGGGCUGGGGACAGAGAGGGUACCCUGCAACAGACAUUCCUGGGCUUGGGGAUCGGCUGCACUCACAAGAGACUCACCGUUCAGUCACCCCAUCUCUAGCCCCUUUGGACGACUGUCGCUGUCAGUGUUACUGAUUUGUUUUAUUGGGUUGUUUUUGUUCCGUUUUGGUUUUUUUUUUUUUUGAACCUUAACUUAUUAUUUUUUUUUAUAUUUAUUGUUAGAAAACAACUUAUUUCUGCUCUGGAAUAAAGCUGCAGAUGGUUCAAACUGA